AUGGUCCGAGGGGCAAGAUCUGAAAGGUUGUUUUUCAAGCCGGAAGACACGAGCUCCAUGGACCAGCUGCGGCAGCUCAAGCGGUUCAAUGUCGACAAGGACUGCCUUGCCUUUGAUAGGUUGUACUCUUUUUGCCAGACCUACGCCGGCGGGUCGGUCAGCGGCGCUGUGAAGCUCAACCAUGGGAUUUGCGAUAUUUCGAUUAAUUGGGCUGGCGGUUUGCACCACGCUGAAAAGUGUGAGGCUUCUAGGUUUUGCUAUGUGAAUGACAUUGUUCUUGCAAUUUUGGAGCUUCUUAAGCAGCACGAGCGCGUUUUGUAUGUAGAGAUUGAUAUUCACCAGGGAGAUGGUGUUGAGGAGACGUUUUACACGACAGACAGGGUCAUGACCGUUUUAUUUCAUAAGUUUGGGGAUUAUUUCCCUGGCAUAAAGGACAUUAGCGCCCUUAUUGAUGCUCAGAUCCCAUCUCAUGUGACAUGGCUCACCUUAGCGGCGAUCCCAUCUCCUGCGAAUACCACGAGCACUAGUGGAAAACGGGAAGAAGAUAAACUUUCUCAAUAA